AGUUUCUGCUCCUCCUGUUGUUUUCCUAUGGGGACAUGCCCGUCACGUGCGCCGGAGCCGCCAAUCCGGGCCCGCGGAUUCCCGAGCCCCCGGGGUCAGACGGGCUGGAGUCCGGGAGCGAUGGCGGCGGCGCUCGCUGUGUUUUGAGCGGAGCGAGCACGGGUUUUCCGGGACUGCCUUCGCGGGGUGCAAGCGUAUGGAGGUGAAGGGAGCGCUCGGGCUGGAAGCCGGAACUAGCGCGGGGGAGGCCGCUUUGGAAAGGGACCUCGGUGGUUCUCCCUUUAAAACAGCCGUCGCCGUAACUUCCGAAGUGCCAGGCGCACCGAGCCAGCGAGAGGGGCUGCGCAGACGGCGAGAGUGAGGGGCUCUGUCGGAGCUGAGCAGAAGUGGGAGACGUUCAGAAGAGAAACGUAAGCGGGACAAGCAUAGGAGACUAUGAAGACUAAGCCUCCGAGAGCCGUCCGAUUAGAGCCGUGUGAAUAUCAGGGCACAAGCCUCUUUUGUCUGAAAUCCUGUCUGCUGUCUACUCCCGGAGCACCUGAAAGUCCGCGGCUAAUUCAGAAGCCCUCUCGGUGAAUAAAAAAAAAAAAGAGGAAAAAAGACCAAACCGCACUCGUUAGCUGCUUUUGUGCACGGCCAGAAAGCCGAGCUUCCCCGCGCUGCGCGCAGUUGCGCUGUUGGCGGUGACACAUUGUUUCAGCUGUUUCCGAAUUUGUUCAAAGACAAUGAGAGGAAAACAGUCGCCGCUCUAGAAGAUCCGUGGAUGUAGCGCAGCGUGUCCGAGGAUCAGGGGGUGGAGUGUGGGGGGGGGGGCGAGGAUAGCCAUUGUCGGAUUAAGAUAGUUGAUUUUAUCGUCUCCUCGGCUCUCUCUGCAUUGUAGUGCUUGUAGGUGGGUGCGUUAACUUGGCGAGCUGGGAGCCCUCAGUGUCGAGGUGCCUGCUGCAGUAGUAGUAGUCAGAAAACUCACGUGUAGCCUUAAAGGGGGGAAGGGGCGUCUAGCUUUUUUUAAAAAAAUAAAAUUCUUUUUUUUUUUGCAUCCACACCUGAGCCCCUUAUGGUGAGGCUGCGGUUACCGAGACAUGGAUCUUUCCCAGGCCGGUUUCCCAAGCGAUGAGCAGCGGCCAGGCGGCGCCGCCGAGAGCGCCUGGGGUCUCUCCGCCCCGGUGUGCUCCGGGUCCCUGUGGACCGCGGUGUUUGAUUACGAAGCCAGCGGGGAGGACGAGCUCAGCCUGCGGCGGGGCGACGUGGUGGAAGUGCUGUCCAAGGACGCCGCGAUCUCGGGGGACGAAGGCUGGUGGACGGGGAAAAUUCACCACCGGGUCGGCAUCUUCCCGUCUAAUUACGUGACCUACCAGCCCGCCAUUUAUCGCCGGUUACCCGGCGGCAGGUCCGUGGGUGACGGGGAGAGCAGCCCGGGCUCGCCGGAGCAGAUCAGCUUCAGCGAGCUGGUCCUGGAGGAGAUCAUCGGCGUGGGCGGGUUCGGGAAGGUGUACCGGGGGACGUGGCGGGGCCAGGAGGUGGCGGUGAAGGCAGCCCGGCAGGACCCCGACGAAGACAUCACGGCCACCGCCGAGAGCGUCAAGCAGGAGGCGAAGCUCUUCUCGAUGCUCAGGCACCCCAAUAUCAUUACACUGGAAGGGGUGUGUUUGCAGGAGCCCAACUUGUGCCUGGUCAUGGAAUACGCCAGGGGAGGGACCCUCAACCGGGCCCUGGCGGGUCGGAGGGUCCCCCCUCACAUCCUGGUGAACUGGGCCGUGCAGAUCGCGCGGGGCAUGCACUACCUGCACGAGGAAGCGGUCGUCCCCAUCAUUCACCGAGACCUCAAGUCCAGCAACAUAUUGUUACUUGAAAAAAUCGAAAAUGGAGACAUUGGCCAAAAGACGUUAAAGAUCACGGACUUCGGGCUGGCGCGCGAGUGGUACCAGACGACCAAGAUGAGCGCAGCGGGCACCUACUCCUGGAUGGCCCCCGAGGUCAUCAAGUCCUCGCUGUUUUCCAAGGGCAGCGAUGUCUGGAGCUAUGGAGUGCUGCUCUGGGAGCUGCUGACCGGCGAGGUGCCCUAUCGGGGGAUCGAUGGGCUUGCAGUGGCCUACGGUGUGGCGGUCAACAAACUGACCCUGCCCAUCCCGUCCACCUGCCCCGAGCCCUUCGCCAAGCUCAUGGAAGAGUGCUGGGAGCAGGACCCUCACAUCCGGCCCUCGUUCCUGGCUAUCCUGGAGCAGCUGACCGCCAUCGAGGACGCCGUCAUGGCAAAGAUGCCCCAGGACUCCUUCCACUCCAUGCAGGAGGACUGGAAGGUGGAAAUCCAGGAGAUGUUCGACGAGCUGCGGACCAAGGAGAAGGAGCUGCGCUCGCGGGAGGAGGAGCUGACGCGCGCGGCGCUGCAGCAGAAGUCCCAGGAGGAGCUGCUGAGGCGGCGGGAGCAGCAGCUGGCCGAGCGGGAGAUCAACGUGCUGGAGCGCGAGCUCAACAUCCUCAUCUUCCAGCUCAACAAGGACAAGCCCAACGUCAAGAAGAGGAAGGGCAAGUUCCGGCGCAGCCGGCUGAAGCUCAAGGACGGGAACCGCAUCAGCCUGCCUUCAGAUUUCCAGCACAAAAUCACCGUCCAGGCCUCGCCGACGAUGGACAAGAGAAGAAGCCUGAACGGCAGCAGCUCCAGCCCUCCCAGCAGCCCGACGCUCAUUCCUCGGCUGAGGGCUAUCCAGCUGACACUGGAUGAAAGCAACCGGACCUGGGGAAGGAGCACAGCCUGCAAACCAGAGGAGUUCGAAGAUGUCAAAAAGGGCUUUAGAAAGAAGGGGCGCACCUGGGGACCAAGUUCUGUCCAGACGAAAGAACGGGCGAAUUGUGCUGAAAGAGUAAGACCCCUCUCUGAUGGCAGUAAUCCCUGGUCCACCAGUCUCAUGAAGAACCAGACGUCUGUCCCAUUAGCUGCGCUGUUUGCAGAGCAGGGGAUGUGUCCGGAUGCACCGGGCUCAGCUGAAGUCUCCGACAGCAAUAAACCAAAGCAACUGAAGUUCCCUAACCAGGUCUACAUCGAUCUACCUCUCUGGAAGGAUGAUCAGGGCGAGGGCGGGGCGGCGGGUGAGGGCGUGGAGGACACCACGCCCGCCAGCUCGGCCAGCAGCACCCCUCAGGUCACUCCCACCAACAGCCUGAAGAGGGCGGCGCAGCGCCGGAGGACCGACGCGGUGCUGCACAGCUGCGCCUCGCUGCUGGCCUCCGUGGCCCUGGGCCUGGACCUGCGGGAGGUGGGCAGGGCCCCAGCCGGGGAGGAGCCGGAGCUCCGGGAAGAGAAGAAGAAGCGGGAGGGCAUCUUCCAGAGAGCCACGCGCUUCCGCCGCAGCACGAGCCCCCCCGGCCGGCCCCGGAAGGACGAGGGCGGCCCCCCGGCCCCGGUCAGCCUGCUGGCCAUGUCGGCCAUCUCCGAGUGCAGCUCCGCCAAGUGCCUGCUGCUGCUGCCCGACUCCGACGGCCUGGAGGAGGCCCUGCGCCGGGCCGGGACGGACCCGCCGGCCCCGAGCGCGAUCGCGCCCCAGAGCACUAACGGCGUCCCCAGCCCGCUCACAGAUUCAGCAGUAUUAGUCCAGGCAGCGAGCCCAGGAGCAGUGGCGCUGAGGGAGAGGCAGGACAGGCCCGACUUCCCGAGCUCUGCGGACGGCGUGUCGAGGCCUCGGCCCCUAGCUCUGAAGAGCAAAGUCCCGUCCUGGGCCCUGCUGAGAGGCCACAACAAGAGCUACUCGCUGGGACCCUUCUCGGGGGAGAAGAGCGCGCAGACCUUCGACAUUUUACUCCAGGCUGAAGCCCAGGUGGUGCCGGGGGCCUGCUCCCUGCUGGACAUGGACACAGAGGGACAGAAACGGGACUGCACGGUUCCUCUCUGCAGGAUCCAGAGCAAGCCCGGGAGACCUGCGGUGUACGAACUGGAAAAGGAGUUCUUGUCUUAGACGGUUGCCUGCCUCACAUUCCUGUCGGUAGCACAGAUUCCCCUUGGAUGUGUCAGUCUGACAACGCGCAAGCCUGUUGGAAGACACAGGCGGGAGCUGCAGACUUGAAGAGAGCUUUCUUUGUCCAAGGUCCUUAUUAUUUAUGUCCGUAUAGUUAGAGUGGAAAAGCUCAAGGCUUACUUCUCCAGCAAAAACUACAAAGUGAAAUCUAAUUUAAAUGCACAUUCCAUUUUCAGAUGAAAUUGUGGUCCAUACUACUGUAACCGAAAGCCUGAAAGCCGAGCGUUUCUACAUGUGCUGUCCUAGAUUGGGUUUGGUUUCAUGUGUAGUAGUAAUGAUGGGACUGAAACUUAAAACAGAGCGCUCUGCUUUUAACUGAAAUUCUGGCGGCAUGGUUGUAAUGAUUUAAUUAUUUUUAUCCAGUGCUUUGAUUGAACCAGAAGGAGAUUAUGUUUGCAGCUACCGCAGUGUUCAUUGUUACCAGGACAAGCUACAGCCACGAUCGCCUCCAGUAUCUUGAGUUGUUUGACUUGACUUAUUUUGGGCAGAGUUGAAAGGAAAGCUAAUAACAAAAACAUUUGUAACAGGUAUUAGGUUGUCCAAGUGGUUUUCUCAAAACGGAAGCCUAGAAUCGCCCUACCAGCUGCUAUAAAUGGUCUAGAUUUAUUGAAUGUAUAAAUUAUACUUUUUUAAGUAAGGGUACUUGACCUGCUGUUUUUAGCGAGCUCACAAACAUUAUUUUUGACACGAGGAAUAUAAAACUGAAAUAGGUGGAGCAUAGUGAACAAUUCUGCAGUUUAGAGCAUUCUGUCUGUCACGUGCACCGAAGCGCUCUCAUGAGCGUGAAAGUACAGAACUGGAAAUUGUAGAUCACUGUAACCACUGUAACUGGUGUGCCCUGUGAGAGAGUGUUUCACAGUGACGGUAUCAAGCAUUUUUACUAAAAUGCAUUUUAUUCAAUACCAAAUGAUCUACUUUAAAAUUAAAUUUUCAGAAUUCUCAACAUUGUGUGGUGCUUAAAUACUUUUUUCUUUUCUAUAUCUGCAGUUGGUGCAGUAUCGCACGAUACUAUUAGUUACUGUAGUGCAUCAAUUUCUGCAUUCCAUUAAUGUUGUCCUGACUCAGUUGUAAGCUCACAUUUUACACGUUUGGCAACUUAAGUGUAUUUAGCCUGCUGAGUGUGUUCAAUUUCAAAGCAGAGUAAUUGGAAUUUUGUUAUAUUUUUGUCACAGUGAAAUCAUGUUUUGAGAUGUGCUGAAAUGUUUUAUACCAGGUGCUACAAAAUUACCUUUUCAAAUUGUACUGUUUAUGUGAAAAAAGCCGUUAUAUAAUACAGCUUCCAGUCAGACUUUCUCUGAAAAGAGUUGCUAGCUACUGAGGAAAUCUUAUGCACUAAACUACAUGAAUUAUUCUUUUAUGCUCUACCAGUUAUCUGUUAGUUUUUUAAAUAUUUUUUAAAAUGUGCAAAUUUUAUAAGAUGAUAUUUACUUUUGUAAAACGAAAUGAAACAUUCAAUUGUUCUGAUUGCAAAUGUUGUUUUUUUUCCUGAGAUAAUGAAAAGAUUUGUGAAAUGCAUCCUGCCACCUACAGGGGUGUUUUAGGAGUAAGAGUACAGCCUUCAGCCUCUGGCUCUUUGUGUCUGGGGAGUAUGUUCAGUGGCUGAAGGCUGAAUUUCUUAUGAUGCAAUAUCUGAGGGGUGGGCAAACCGAACUCACUUUGUCACAGUUGGACUGUUCAGCUGAAUAACCUAUUCUAAAACGUAGCAUCUCUAGAUCUGCUUUAAGGUCUGACCAUAAAGUGCUUUUGCAGAACAAUAAACUUCCUGAGUAAGAGCUUAAAAACAAGUCAGUGAUCCUUUUUAUUUUUUACAACAUUUUGCUAGUUUCUUCUGCUUCCUAAGGAGGGUGCUUGGUCCAGUGGUUAAAAUAAAGGGCUUUGUGUAAUACAGUUCUCCAUUCAACCACCAGUUGUGCUACAGAGCAGUCUGGCAGCCCCCCCCACCCCUUGUGCUCCAACCUGAAGAUGAGAUCUACAUCCAGGGUGCUGUGAUCAGUGAACCUGAAGAUCCACUCUUCUCUGUCACUUUGUAUAAAUGUGUCUGCAAAGUGACUUAACUGUAGAUCAGGGAACAAUUCUCAUUCUCUCAGGCUUGGGUACCGUAGCGCUAUAGGAUUUUAAAUUGUACAGCAUGUCAGACACUAGGCCUGGGAGUAAGCAAAAGACAAGGAAAGAGCGCCCCCUGUUGUGAUUCCAGAGAUGUGCAUUUCACUCAGAGGAAAAUUAAUUUGUUUCACCAUUUGAAUUGUGGUACUAGCAAUAAUUAUGAAACAUCUUUCCCCUUUUUACGCAAUGUUGCGAAAUGCUAGAAUUUCUCUUGAUUUGCGGAUAUUUCUAAAUAUUUUUGUACACUGUAAACUGCAUCAGUCCAUAUUUACGGAAAGUACAUAGAUAAUAUGGGCUGAUCACUAUAUACUUCAGCUUUGUUAUAGGGACUGAAACUUCAGUAUUUGACAAUACCUGGGACUGUGAAAUCUAGCUAUCUCUUUGUUCAUAUUUGCUCUUUAUAUUUUUAAAUAUCUAUGCUGUCCUAUACCUACUCUGUAUAAAAAUGAUUUCUCUGCAAAUAGAAAUGAGAUUGGAUCCUUAAACUGUUCUUUGUGACCCAAAAUUGGACUUCCUUAGCAUUUUGAAAUUUGAAUAAAUAUUUUUUUAAAGCA